ACAUGUGGGGCAAAUUGAUUGGGCAGAAAAUUUGGCCACGUUAUGCGGAUAAUAUUUUUAAAUCUGGAAGGAUUUAAAUGAUGUGUUUUCAUAUAAUGGCGACGGCGAUUUUUUAGGGUUCGAUGGAUUCUCAAGGUUGGGAUCGCGGAGAUCUAAGGCUUCAAAGGGGCAAUCGAAAGGUUUUAAGUGGUUCUCGGAGAGUAAAUCUUCAUCUUCAUGACGGUUUCAGUGGAGGAUGGAAGCGAAAGGAGCUUAUGGAUCUCGAAGGAUUUUAUGGAGAUCUGGAAAGUCCAGGAAAGAGAGGCAAGGCAAAUCGAAUCUGAAGGUAUCUCUGGGCCCUGAGAAUGAUUUAGAGUUGGGUAAUGAUAUGGUCGGAAAUGGGAAUCAUAGUGUAGAGGAGGAUGUAAUGGAGUUUGAUGAAACUAGGAUUGAUGUAGAGGGCAAUGAAAAGGUUAUUAGUGGUGAUGAUGAGUUCCAGAACCUCACUGAUGGAGAAGUUGAGGAACCUGAUAAUUUACAGGAGGUUUUGGACGAGACCAAGGAGGUUAUCAAUUACCUAGGGGAUGCAGGUGAUAUGGGAAUUGCCAUUGGUAAUGAGGAGAAAAAGAAUCGUUCACGCAAGAUGUUAUUCAAGAAUACGACUUUGGCGGAGGGAACAUCAAAAAACAGGUUCGUUCAGGCUGUACUCUCACCACGCAAAUGCGUUCAAGCAACGGCAGGUAAUCGACACGGAGAAGGUGUGAAACAGACGGAGGAAAAGGGUCCAUCAAACCCUAAACCUAGCUCUUUAAAACCAUAUAUAUUGUUUAUGGAUAUCAUCGGCUUUGAAGAAUAUUGGUGGGAAUGUUUGGUCAACUUUGGUGUUCUUAUUUUUGGGUUUUCAAUAAGCUCUGUGAGCAUAUCAUUUUGUAGUACUGUUGAGGCUUCUUGGCUUCAUUUUGGCCUUUUGUUUCUGGCGUGUCUUCAUGUUAGUAAUUAUGAUAUCGUGAUGUAUUGGAAUAUUUAUGGUGUUUUGGAUUCUUGGCAUUGGAAUUGGUAUGAGACACUACACUUAUUUGUUUUAAAAUGUUCAUCUGACGUGCUUAGUUGGAUCCGUGGUGAUUAUUAUGGUUGGCUUGGUAUCGAAUGGUAUACUUCUUGGUUGGCGGUGAUGGUGUUGGUAGCGAAUGGUAUACCUCGCAAGUCUACUUUGUUUAUCUAUAUGCAUAUGGAUCGUGAUGGCUGGCCGGAGGGACUUGGUGUUUGGUCACGAACUAUCAAGUUGUGCUGAUACAAGGGUCUGUGUACUGGAGAAAAUGGAAAUGGUGGUAUAGUCAAUAUAUCGAUACAAGAUGUUGCAGUAGUGGGCCCCGACGUAGUCGCGUAUCAUGGUGGUGGGACAAUUUUUUUAAAUUGGUUCAAGACCAUUUGGUACUGGUUUUUGGAUUGGUUCAGGACUAUUGGGUACUCUCUUUCGGAUGGGAGUUUUUGGAAUUUAAUUUGUUUAAAAUGGUUGGGUAUCUUCAAGGCCCAUUUUCUAGCUCUUGGGAGCAUGAUCAAAUUGUAAUUUUAUGAAGAU